UGUCGUUACUGUCUUUCCGGCGAUCAACUCGUUGUAUGAUCAAAAUGUUGUUGCUCCUGAGCAAGUUGCUUUGCUUCAGGCCAACAACUUGAUUGCUAAUACGACGGAUGACUGCGACUUUCUUUUCAACGCAGUGUCUGCGUGGCUAAGAUCUAUGGCUGAGGUGUAUACGGCAUAUAGAUUCUACGAGUCGACGGCCGAGAAUAUGUUUGUACUGUGGGCGCAGGUUCUGCCAGUUCGUUGUGAUUGGCAACUGGAAGACGGAAUCAUUACGCAAUGCGGCCCAGGCUACGAGACCCGCUUGACGUGUCAGCGGUGGCAAACUACUUGGCCGAACGGCUCCGAUCCAUCAACUGCAACCUCUUCAUAUUUUGCGGAACAGUUGGGCCUCAGGAUAGGCGGAGUGACAGAAUUUGAAGAGAUACAGUAUUCAAGCGCUUCCUUCGGUUUCGGUUCACAGUCAGCACCCAAUCAGAGUCUCACUGCAUUCGAAGUUAAAGCGAUUUUCAAUGAGGGGCAUACGAUUGCAUUUGUAAAUACCGCUCUGUUAAUUUUGCUAGCUUCUACAUUCAUGGUUUGCCUCCUCGGUCUCACAGUCAUGCGUGGUGAUGCGGGGCGCCUGGUUCUCAACCCUUUACAGAGAAUGUUACGUAUUGUUGUUCGAUAUGCUGAAAACCCUCUUUCGCAAACAAUCCAGGACAAGGGUCGCCGAAAGUCUCGUCAUUCUUCCUACACUAGCGAAAUUUCAGAUGAGAAGAGCAUAGGGGGCUCAGAUGACGAGGGAAAUAAGGAGCAACUUGGAAGCUACGAAACCGUGCAGUUAAUCAACGCCAUUGCAAAGAUUGCCGACCUGCUCCGCAAAUGUUGGGGCGUGGCCGGAGCGGGUAUCAUUUCAACAAAUUUGGCUCGAACAAAGGAUGGGAAAACUGUUGUUUUCAAUCCAACAGUUCCAGGCAAGAGAGUUUACGCACUAUUCGGAUUUGUUGCCAUUAACGAUUUCAGCAAACAACUUCGGGUUCUAGAUAGAGAUGUGAUGAUUCUGAUCAAUGAUGUUGCUAGAGUUGUUCACGACGAGGUUUAUCGUUGGGCACUCGGAGACAGUGGGCAAUGCAACAAAAAUUUGGGCGCUGCUUUUUUGAUGGUGUUUCGUAUAGGAGACUUUACUGAAGUUCAUGACAAGAAAAAGAAAGCGACAGAGGUUGUCUUCAACUCUCAGAUGAAGAAGAAUGUGAGGCUUCGGAAGAGGAAAAGCUCCCGUCAGGGUUCCCGCGGUAGUAUCAAUCGCUUUGAUAUUGGAGGGAAGGAAAUGGACACAUUGCAGCUGGCAAGCUUACCCGGUAUUCAGGGGUUUGCUGACCGCGCGUUGCUUGCUUUUUUGAAAUCGUUUGCUGGCAUCAACCGGGAUGUGAAGCUUCAGGCGUGGAAAAAAGAUUUCCGUCUAGGAGCAGGCGUCGGGGCGUUUAGCGUCAGUGUUAUCUAUGGUAUGGAUGCGGGCUGGGCCGUCGAGGGUGCUGUUGGAAGUGAAUACAAGAUCGAUGCUACCUAUCUUUCACCCCAUGUGAACAUGGCAUCGCGCAUGAUGAGUGCAGCCAAACAAUAUGGUGUCACAAUUCUUUUGAGUAAAGCCGUCGAAGAGCUCCUCUCGAAACCAGCGAGGGCCAAGCUGAGGCAUCUUGACACUGUUUAUGUUAAGGGUAGCAAUCUUAAGCAGCCGAUCUACACUUAUGAUGCCCGAUUCGAAGGCGUGGACUUCUUUCUCUUCGAACGGUCCCCUGAACAAGCUGACUCCGAAGCCGACGCCUACACUGCCAACAUAUGGGACGUCGAUCAAGACUUACUAUCGAUGCGACAACACGUGGACGAAAAGUUUAUGAAACUUCACAAACGCGGUGUUGAACAGUACCUGGAAGGAAAAUGGAAAGAUGCCAUUGAGACUCUACAAGCGGCCGACAACCGGAUGAUCGAAACAGUUUUGGAAGAAGGUUAUAUCGACUACGACGACAACGCUUUCGGUGACGAAAUUUUCAAUCGAAAAAGCGAGAAUGAAGAAGUAAACCGACUACAGAACGAUUUCGGCGACGGCGCUUGCAAGUGCUUGAUUCACUUUAUGGAGAGUCAAAGUGCGCUCCCGCCAGACGACUGGAAUGGUGUGCGACACCUCACAAGUAAGUAAAAGAAUAAGAAGGUCUUUACCACUAUUUAAACACGAGCGAAUUUCA